GAUAAGCAUUGUUUGAUUAAUUUUCUUCAUCCAUGGAAAAUGACAAGAGUGUGAGAGUUGGGGGAGAUGAAGAAGAUGAGGAGGAGGCGAAGAUGGAGAAGUUUUUUGCUCUGAUACGAAGCUUUAGAGAGGCGCGGAAUUAUUACAAAAGAAAAGAAAUGAACGAGCUGGAGAAGAAGAAGAGGAGCAACAAGAAGAUGAAGAUGAUGUGCAGCGGAGAUGAUCUGCAGAAAUCAAGCUGUUGGGUUCCCAAGUUCGAGCAAGAGGAUUUCACCAGAGAGGUUGAGUUUAGAAGGCCUCCUCUUGUCUUUCCUUCUCCCUGUAACAAAGAGAAGGCCAAGAAAGGAGAAGCAGAGGUUGGUCUAGACCUCAAACUCGCCCUCUAAUGGCGUUGCUCUGUAAACGACAGCCGGAGAGAAAGAAGUGUUGGGAGGUUGUUUGUUUGUUUUUUUUUUUCCUUUGUAACUGUCAUAUGUAAUUAUUAUGAGUCACCUUGUUUACGUUAAAGGUACUUGUUACGAGAAAUAAUGUUAUUAAUUGAAUUG